AUGAAGAUUGAAAACUCCACAAAUCGAAUCUCUGAAAAGUUUUCUCUUCAUAAAAGUUUCAUGUUCAAGAUAACGACGGUUCAAAUGAUCAUAUCACUCUGUCAACUUGAAGCAUUCGAGCCACUCGAGUCGUUGGAAUCAUGUGUGCGGCUUUUCACUGCUUUAAAUAUCACGGGACAAUUUCCAACACAUAUUUUAUUCAUUCUGCUUCAACCAUUCUCUCAUUUUCCAGAUCCAACUUCUCGGCAAUUUCAAUUAAAUAAUCCCACGAUGCUUUCUGCAUUCAGAACUCAUUUCAAGUUGAUGUUAAAAUCUAUCAAACAUUUCAUGAAGAAACAUUUUUUCUCAAUUAAACAUUUCCCAACAUCUCAACUCAGACUCAGUUAA